CCAAUCGCGCCCAACACUAGUGUCCGUACGAUCGCUCCGAUACCUCAGUCCACACAUCGGCUCAUCGUUCCGACCACUUCUGUGAGAGCCGGCACCGCGACCUUCACAGCCGUCACCGCCAGUCCGACCACUGGCUCACAAACCACGACAUUUCUCACUACAACCGGUGCCUCCAAUUCCGGUCAAGUUUUUAUGUUACCCAACCCUAUGCUGAAGAUAGCGACCACUACUACCGCCGGCUCCACGACUCCCACUUCCAAAUCCGUCUCAUUUGCCACGACUGGCCCCCAGAGGACUAACUUUGUGCCGAUCGCACCGUCGCCUAUGACCGCCUCAUCGACUGUCAAUACUCUAACCGCCGCACAAAUCAGUUCAUUAAAGAUAACCAAUGGUACAAAAGCAGUGGAGGACCCGAACCAACGGAAGCCAUGCAAUUGUACGAAAUCUCAAUGCCUGAAACUGUAUUGCGAUUGUUUCGCGAACGGCGAGUUCUGCAGUUCAUGCAAUUGCAUCAGUUGUCACAACAACUUAGACCACGAGGAGGACCGCCAGAAGGCCAUUCGC